AUGAACUUCCUCCGGCGCCGCCUCUCUGACAGCAGCUUCGUGGCCAACUUGCCCAACGGCUACAUGAUGGACCUGCAACGUCCCAGCAGUUGCACCAGCUCCCCCGUUUCCCCAGCGAUGGAGAGAAGGCACCCACAGCCUCUGUCUGCCUCCUCUUCCUCCUCUGGCUCCAGCCUCUUCAGUUCCCUCUCUAGUGCCAUGAAGCAGACCACACAGGGAGCCUCGGGGAUGAUGGAGCCCCCAGCACCCCCUACACCCAUCAUCCAGAAACCCAAGAUCCUGUUGGUGGUGGAUGAUGCACAUACAGACUGGGCCAAAUAUUUCUAUGGAAAGAAGGUGAAUGGAGAGAUUGAGAUUCGAGUGGAACAGGCUGAAUUCUCAGAGCUGAAUCUGGCCUCCUAUGUAACCGGGGGCUGUAUGGUGGACAUGCAGGUCAUGAGGAAUGGGGCAAAAGUUGUAAGAUCAUUCAAGCCUGACUUUGUCCUGGUUCGGCAGCAUGCCUACAGCAUGACCCUGGCAGAGGAUUACCGAAGCCUGGUCAUUGGUCUCCAAUAUGGCGGACUCCCUAGUGUGAAUUCCUUGUAUUCCAUUUAUAACUUCUGCAGCAAGCCCUGGGUGUUCUCCCAGUUAAUUAAGAUCUUCAAUUCACUGGGUCCAGAGAAGUUUCCACUUGUAGAACAAACAUUUUUCCCCAACCACAAGCAAAUGCUCACAACUCCGACUUUUCCAGUGGUGGUUAAGAUGGGACAUGCUCAUGCUGGGAUGGGAAAGACCCUGGCCCUACCACACUGUACUGUGCAUGACUUUGAACAAGACAUUUCAUUUAACCUCUCUGUGGCUUCUCUGAGGACGUCUAUCUCAGGAAACUGGAAAGCCAAUACAGGCUCUGCCAUGUUGGAACAGGUGGCCAUGACUGAGAAGUAUAAGCUGUGGGUGGAUUCCUGUUCGGAGAUGUUUGGGGGCCUGGACAUCUGUGCCGUCAAAGCCGUCCACAGCAAAGAUGGGAGAGAUUACAUCAUUGAGUCUGGUGGUCCCCGUCUCAGAAUUAUGGUUCUAAAUGCAUAA